AGUCUGAGUCUUAUUAGUUAUUCAUUUCCAAGAAUAUCUAACUAACUACAAGAAGAAUGUCGCUCGAAUUGCUUGCCCUUCAGCUGUAGGAGCUACAAAAAUGUCGGUCGAAUUGCUCGCCCCUCAGCUAGUUGGGGAUGAGCGGAGUGUCGCUCUCUUCCGGGACUGGGUCCUGUCAGCAGCAGCUCAUUAAGGCUAGAGAAAGAGAUGCAAGUACCAGCAGUUCAACAACAUGGCUUGUUCUAAGAUCAUGAUUUUGAUUAUCAACUCCCUCUCGCUCUUGAAACUCGCUAGGACCGUGCUUGUAGUACGCCAUUAGAACCCCAGUCGUAUAUCCUGCUUCUCAGAAUUUGAGUACGAGUGUAGUUUUUGCUUUUGGUUUAUUGAUAUAUAUCCUGCUUCUACUACAGACACUGUGCAUACUCUUCGUCACAUUUCUAACGGCAAGGGGGCUCAACAAACGGUGGUGGCGUGUUCAAGCAGAACGUCUUCACGCAGAGGAAUGAGGCAUUGGAGACGUG